AUGAAUAAGAAAUACGGCUCGAAUCUUACAGCAGGUCGCAGACUUGGCCGUCAUCUUCCUCGGAUCGCCAGCGGGGACGCUGAGGACGACUGGGAAGAGCAUAAGCAGGAGAAACCAAGCGAGCCUGAGCCUAGGACACCUCGGACAAUAGGCCAUUCCCGCUCACCCUUCAAGUCUAGGUUUGACACAGACACUGUCGUGACCGGCGUGACCGACUCAGACGAGGUUGCCGGCAUUCAUGGACGGCUUCGACUAUCUAGGGAUAGGAGACUAGACACAUCCAACACUCCCCUACCUUCAUCGAGAUUGACCAGAGGUCUAUGGGCAGACGUUCAGAGACAUCUCCUUCAGGCCUAUGAGUACUUGUGUCACGUUGGUGAGGCUCAACAGUGGAUUGAGGGCUGCUUAGGAGAAGAACUCGAGUUCGGCGUCGUUGAGAUGGAGGAAGGACUCCGCAACGGGGUCGUCCUAGCUCGCCUCGCCCGCGUAUUCCAAGGCGAGGCCGUUGUGAGGCGGAUUUAUGAUGCAAACGCGCCCAAACUGGAUUUCCGACAUUCAGAUAAUAUCAACUAUUUCUUCAAUUUCGUUCGAGAAGUUGGUCUGCCGGAGACUUUUGUAUUCGAGCUAACCGAUUUGUACGAGAAGAAGAACCUGCCCAAGGUCAUUUACUGUAUCCACGCGCUGAGUCAUCUACUUGCACGCCGUGGAAUGGCAGAACGGAUUGGCAAUCUCGUGGGCCAUCUUCAAUUCUCAGAUGACCAGCUGCAAAAGACGCAGAAAGGUCUAUCCGGCGUUGCUAUGCCGAACUUCGGCAAUGUAGGACGAGAACUAGCGAAAGAGAUCAACGAGGACCCUGAAGUGGAGGUGGAGACGGACGACGAACGUCGUGAUCGGUUACUACUUGAGAAUGAGGGAUCCAUCGUACAGACGCAAUCUCUUGCGAGGGCAUUCCUGGUCCGUAAGGCUGUGGCGACACAGCGCGUACGGCUGCGCCUCGCCGAGCGAUACGUGUCGAAACUCCAAGCGCAAUGCAGAGGUGUAUUGGCAAGGCGAGUCCUACGGGCACAGCGGGACCGACAAGCGGAUCUUGUGCCUUGGGCUGUUGCCGUGCAGGCCGUUGCAAGGGGCCUGAUUGCGCACAGGCGCUGGCAAGCGAAACUUGCGCGUAUUAAGUCCAUCUCGAGUAAUGUCGUCAAGGUACAGGCUCAGGCUCGCGGCGUGAUUCAGCGACGUCGGUUCGCAUUACUGAAAAUAGCCCUGCGGAAAAGCACACGUACAAUUGUGAAGCUCCAAUCUCUCGCUCGCGCCCGUCUGGCGCAGAAGCAACAUGUCGAAGUGCAAAAGAGCUUUGGUCGUAUCGACGCCGUGAAGUCUGUUGUCGCCUUGCAGGCGCGUGCUCGUGGUGCGCUGGUGCGUAGAGUCGCACAGAGGCGUGCCGAGACACUGGAGGGCAUCUCGCCAUACGUCGCAGGCUUACAAGCUCAUGCGCGGGGAGUUAUCAUGCGCCGUCGGAUGCGGACCCAAUUGAACAAGCUGCAAGAUGUCACGCAGACUGUCAUAGGAAUUCAAGCCGCUGCCCGUACUUACCUUGCCAGAAAGCGUCUCUUGGCUCUGAUUCGAGGCUUACGCAAGGCGACCCCCGUGUUAAUUGGUAUUCAGGCUCUGGCUCGCGGGAAGUUAGCUCGACAGGAACUCAACGAAGUUACCAAGAAGUUGGCGGAGGCGCACACACUUACUGCGGUCGGAGGUUUCCAGGCCCUGGCGCGUGCAGCUCUUACUCGACAGAGACGCCAGCAGCAGAAGAAACAGUUGGAGUUCGUUGCACCAGACGUUACUGGCUUUCAAGCCGCUGCACGAGGUGCCCUCGUCCGUCGUGAUUACUACGCCUGGCGCGACCAUCUGUAUAGGAGUGUUCCAAUAGCGGUGAUAUUGCAGGCCAUGUUACGGGGCGUCCUGCAGAGACGUCGAUUCCAUGCCAAGCUGCAAUACUUCCGCGCAAACUUAUCCAAGGUUGUCAAGAUACAAUCUCUCUUCCGCGGAAAGGAAACCCGCGAGCAGUACAGACAGCUGACAUUAGGCAAGAACGUCAACGUUAGCACAAUCAAGAACUUUGUGCACCUCCUUGAUGAUUCUGAAGCUGAUUUUCAAGAGGAGAUCAAAAUUGAGCAACUUCGGAAGAAAGUCGUGGAGAAUAUCCGGGAGAACCAGGCACUGGAGAAUGACGUGCACGACCUCGACGUCAAGAUUGCCCUUGUGGUACAGAACGUGAAAAGCUUUGAGGAGCUCAUCAAAGCGCGUCGACGACACGGAGCCGACAGUGCUGCUGCUCAUGCUGCGAGGGCAUCCGUCUUGGCUGCUCAUGGAGAUCCCUUUGCCGGCCCGAAUACUCUGGACCAUGCAGCACGUCGGAAGCUUGAGCUAUAUCAGCAACUCUUUUAUCUGCUACAGACUAGGGGGGACUACCUUAGUAAACUGUUCCUUGAGAUUUCGCCUGACGGUGAAGGAGAGAAGAAUAGACGCCUUACUGAACGAAUUGUCUUGACGCUUUUUGGCUAUGGACAAGACAGACGAGAGGAUUAUCUGUUUUUGAAACUCUUUCAGAUUUCCAUACAACAAGAGAUUGCCGCAGCCAACUCCGUCGUGGACAUCCAACACGGCCAUCCGAUGUAUAUCAACAUUGCCGUUCACUACAUCAGGGCAAAGCAGGUUGUCUAUGUCCGAGAAAUCCUCCAGUCGCUCAUUCGAGAAAUUGUCAACUCUGAUGAUCUGAAUCUAGAAGUUGAUGCUUCUAUCAUCUACCGUUCGAGAAUAGACAUAGAGGAAAUGAGGUCCGGUGUAAGCAGUAGCAAGCCUAAGGAUUUGCCCUUCUAUCAAGCUCUCAAUGACCCGCCCACUCGAGCCGAAUACAUCCGGCAUCUUCAAGUCCUUCAGUGGUGGGCAGAUGCCUUCGUAAGUGCCAUUACUCAGUCAACUAAGAGGAUGCCGUACGCUAUGCGUUACCUUGCUCGCGAGACGCUAGCGUCACUGAAGGAGAAGUUCCCGGACGAGUCUGAUGAAGUUUAUGCCGCUUGCGUUGGCCGGAUGGUUUAUUACAGGUUUAUCAACCCCGCUAUCAUCACGCCUGAGACGUUCGAUAUUGUGUCGAGUACUGUGGAUAUCGCUGCACGCAAAAACCUUGCGCAGAUUUCCAAGGUCCUCACCCAAAUUGCGAGCGGCACCGAAUUUGGAGAGGACAGUCCUUCCUUCGUCCCGAUCAACGACUUCGUCGCCAAAUGCAUCAAGCAGAUGACUGCUUGGUUGCUGGAAGUGGCCGAUGUCCCUGACGCUGAGACUCAGUACCAUGCACACGAGUUCCUGGAUGCAACAGUCCAACCAAAGCCGAUCUAUAUCUCCCCGAACGAGGUUUAUGCCAUGCAUGCACUAUUGGCGCAGCAUGCAGAGUCUAUCGCUCCUGCCCGUGACGAUACUCUGCGAGUGAUUCUACACGAGCUUGAUGGGGUGCCACAUCUCGGCAACGAUGAGCUCAAGGAUGCUCGUGACAAGGCCAUCACAUUAGAGUUGUCGAAUCGGUUCGCUCACGUGCGAGACCCGCAGGCCGACGAGAAAGCGCUUUGGGUACAAGCCAAGAGAGGAGUGUUAGCAAUACUACGAGUUCAACCCGCCAAGGACUUGGUCGAAGCAUUGAUGCAGCCAGUAACAGACGAACACGAGGAAAUAUGGGACGAGAUUUUGCGCAACGAGGAGAUCGCCGAUCGCAAACGCUCCAGGUCCCGUAGACAGAUGCCGUCGACGACGGGGUAUGAGUCUGCGUAUCGAAUGGAAGAUAUCAGAUCAUUAUCUUUCCGGGAAGUGAAGGCGCACGCUAUCUAUUUCCUGUUAGAGCUGGAAAAGCUGGGCAAGAUCACUCGCAGUGAUGGGUACCAAGGCAUAUUAAAUGCCAUCGCUGGCGAUGUGCGGAGCAAACAUAGAAAGCGGCUCCAGCGACAACAAGAAAUGGAAAAUAUGGAAGAGGCCCUGAAGCACUUACGAGAACGCAAGAAAUACUUCGAGGAGCAGAUAGACAGCUAUCAUAAAUACGUCGAUGCAGCAAUGCACACUAUGCAACGUGGCAAAGGGAAAAAACGCUUCGUUAUGCCUUUCACCAAGCAAUAUUUCCAUAUGAGAGAGCUGCAGAAGUCCGGGAGAACUCCUCAGUUUGGAUCAUUCAAGUAUGGAGCGCAAGACUUGUACGAUAAAGGUAUAUUGUUAUCCAUCGACCAAUUCUCUCCUCGACAGUUCGACAAGAUCGACAUUAUCAUAUCUUCCAAUGAAGUCGGCGUGUUCACCAUCGAGGUCUAUAAUAACACUCUGGGUAUAACAAAUCGGGUGGCAUCACAAGAUCUCAGGAUGGAAGAUCUGUUACAAGCGCAGUUUGAGAACCGUGCUUCUCUUUCCUUGUUCAAUGGCCUCGCGAAGGUUAACCUCAAUUUACUCCUGUAUCAAAUAAAUAAGAAGUGA